AAAACCGGUCCUGCUUACUGGCAAUGGUGCAAAUAUUCAGACAUCACACAUGUUGUCAAUGAAAUAUUUGACAAAAUAUCCGAAUAAUUGCGGAUCAUGUGACAUUGGUGAUAUAGAUUUGACACGCACCGCAUAUGUACAUCUGAACCAGAGCUACCUCUAACUUCAUCAAAGGAAUUCAGCUUUUAUCUGCAUAGGAAUACUUUCCCUUAUUGACACCGUUAAUUCCAUUUUUAUUCUGCUAAAUCUGUAAGCCUUGUGAAAAGAAUUAAAACAUGCUAUGGGAAAAGGAAAUUCACCAGCAGUCCAUAGGAAUGCUUGUAUAUGAUGCAGGCUUUGGUUUAUGUCUUGGCUGCAUGCUAGGAGUAUUAAAUCCUCUGAACUGGGUCAAUGGAAUCAUGUGCAGGAGCACAGACGAGGUUAAGCAUGAUGAUUAGCCAGUAAGCCCCGCCCACAGUGGGGGCAAUCUGUUUGACAGACGGAAAGUGAACCACAUCAGGAACACUGUUGUCCUUUAUGCUGACAAGGAGUCUCCGAAUGAUCAAAUCACAAAGGAAGGGGAAAUAUGCAAGGGAGGACUUGAGACAGGCCGCUUUUUGAGCUGGGGUCUAGGAAAGGAAACCCCCAGGUAACGCCCAAGAUGCCGGAGCAGAGUAACGACUACCGCGUGGUGGUGUUCGGGGCCGGCGGAGUCGGCAAGAGCUCUCUGGUGCUGCGCUUCGUGAAGGGCACCUUCCGGGACACCUACAUCCCCACGGUGGAGGACACGUACCGGCAGGUGAUCAGCUGCGACAAGAGUGUGUGCACCCUCCAGAUCACAGACACCACGGGCAGCCACCAGUUCCCCGCCAUGCAGCGCCUGUCCAUCUCCAAGGGCCAUGCCUUCAUCCUGGUCUACUCCAUCACCAGCAAGCAGUCGCUGGAGGAGCUCAAGCCCAUCUACCAGCAGGUGCUGGCCAUCAAGGGCAACGUGGAGAACAUCCCCAUCAUGCUGGUGGGGAACAAGUUCGACGAGCCCCAGCGCGAGGUGGAGACCAAGGACGGCGAGGCCCAGGCCACCUCCUGGAAGUGUGCCUUCAUGGAGACCUCGGCCAAAACCAACCACAACGUCACGGAGCUCUUCCAGGAGCUGCUCAACCUGGACAAGAAGAGGAACAUGAGCCUGAACAUUGACGGCAAGCGCUCCGGCAAACAGUCACGAGCUGACAAGCUCAAGGGCAAAUGCAGCGUCAUGUAGACAGAUGAGAGCGGGGGAUAUAGCAGGGGGAGUGUUAAUGGCUGAGACAGGAACCAACAAAGCAAAACGAACUACAGCCACACAGGAAGAGGGAGGAUGGAUGUGGAUGGUUCAUCGUGGCCGGGGAGCUUGUUUCGUAGUCAACGUAGCCCUACUCAUUCCAGUGGCAAGCAUUCCUUUUCCACUCCCUACCGUACAUUCAUCCAGCCAUCUCUCACGGGAACCACAGCCUAAUUAAAUUCACACAUGUGCAUAUGUACGUGCUCUUCCAAAGCCAUAUCAUUCUUGUUGCCUUGUCUGUGUGAAGAACUGUACAUACAACACCUGAACCUUCCUCAUAGAUCUAGGUAGAAUAGGUUUUCAACUCCCCCCCCCCCCCCCGCCCCCCUCAUGUCUGAGAUGAGACUGCUUACAUUAUGCAAACAUUUUUUGAACUCAUAACUGCUUUAUGUCCAUAGCAACAUUGUGUGCAGUUGGGUUUUUUAUUCUGUCAUUAAGGCACUAUGGUGCAGGCAUCAUUGCGGGGUUGUGUCUCUGAAACUCCAUGGAAGUUUCCCUGAGAGGGGCGAACAGCUGAGAUGAAAAGGGCAUCCACCAGAAAUGUAGUUUAUAUAAUGCACUUGUGUGUUUUUUUUUUUUUUUUGCUUUUCACAUUUUGCACAAAAAAAAGCAUUCACUAGAGCUGUUUUUCAAAUUCAAAGCACAAUGACAAACAUGACAUAACAUAUGGCAUAACAUAGAUCAAUAAGAGGAGAGAGAGUCGCAUAAGAGUUUCAAUAUCAUAGCAAACCCAACCCAUGUGUAGGUAGAUGAUCAUCCCAUGGGCUAAAGAGUUCCACAAUAACAUCUCAUGCCCAUAGACAGAAAUAUUUAUGACAAUCAUUUCAUUCAAGUAUAGAAGAUAAAACACGUCUGUCUGCAUGAUAUUUAUUUUAGAGGUAACAAUACAAAAAAUACAAAUACUGCAAUUAGAGUAGGAUAAUAAAUGUGUUCAAAAAUGUCCAAGCUUAAAAAGAAAAUUCAUCCGAUCUCUCAUAUGUGCUUCUAAUACAAACUUAUCAGUGCUUCUAUUCAUUCUGCCCAGUGUGCUAAUGUUUGUUUUUUACAAUAUUUAAACUUUUUUUUUUUUCUAUAGUGUUCCCUAGCCUGUAUUUUAACUGUGCAGUCAUGUUUGACUGAACUCCUCAGGAUCCAGGACCAUUAUUGCUGUUAGACCCUUCUACACUCAAGUUCAGGAGUAAUAUUUUGGGAAAACAUAAUACAAAACAAAUGCAGUUGUCCUGUUGAGAACAAAAAGCUUUACAUCAAUAAAUUGUAAAUGUGGUCUUAGGCUUGGAUAGCAGUCGGAUCAGAUCGGGCCCAUUUGAAGGAGUGCCCACACUCUCACUCUGGCUGGAUCUUGGGAGCCACCUUAAGUGGGAUCAAUUAAGGCUUGUGAUUUGUCAGGCAGUUAUUUUGCAUAUCACGAUUACGAUGGUAGAUACCAUACAGACUACAGGAUAUGGAUACACAGUCCCCUUUAGAAUGAACCUAACUUUAUUCUUGGCUUGCAUCAGAACAAUGAAUCAGCUUUGGCCAGUUAUGUUAGGAUAGGGCAUGUUUUUACACACGUUUUGAUUGAUUACUUACUGCUUGUCAGCUAUCUGGCAUCAUAGAGAACAACAUUAUCUUUUGAAAUAAAGAACAAUUAUUUUAAUAUCUUAAAAAAAGAAAACACUGGCCUGUGUAAACCGAGGAACAUUAAUCCAGGUCAUUUAGUAGACCAAGCCCCUAUUCAUUCACAUUUAUGUAGUGCAAGAUUCUAUUGAAACAGGAAUGAAGUGGAGAGACAGACUCCAUGGCGUCUAUGUCCUGAAACAGAUGGGCUCAGUUUACCAUGCCGAGUGUGUGUCCUAGAUGACUAAUGACCCAGUACCUGGGCAGAACCCCUAACCUGUUUAAAAUUCAGUGUGAGAAUUUGCUCGCAUUGCACUUUAUUUCAGACACACUCUAAGAGGCUAAACACUGCUUGCUCUCCCUGUGCUUUGAGUAUGUGUUGUCUUGUUGUGUUUGAUCAGAAGGUGAUGGCCUGGCUGGAUACAGUAUGUUUGUAGAGCAAAAUGGCUCCUGUCAUUUUACCCACAGCAAGACGGUUGCGUGUCUCAGCGCUAAGUCAAAAGCACAAGACUAUUUAUUUAUUUAUUUGUUUAUUUGUUUAUUUGGCUUGGCUGGUAUGAUCAACAGGGUAUCAUGGUGGUAGAGAGGUCCUAAAUGUUUUAAAGGCACCUUUAAAAAUUAUAUUUUUUGUUUUUUCAUAACUAUGAGAUGCAAUUAAAUACUGUGUUAUGGCUUCAGUGUGUCAAAUGUUUGUAAUACCAAACAAAUCAGAUGCCAUACACGUUCAUUUUGACGCCGAAGAGAAGCACACUCCUGUUUUUUAAACCAAUCCCCCCUGGCGCUGUAAUUGUAUUUCAUUUAAUACAAAACAACUGGGCACUUUAUUAGAUUCUAAUUAAUGUCACUGUAUAUUGACCUCAGUGUGAAAAAAAUAGGUUGGUGGAAAAAGGUACACCAAAGUACCUCAUUGUGUAAAAUUGAUAUCUGUCAAGUUCUCUGUGUGAUCAUACAGUAGUGCAAAUUCAAUUUUCCUGCUGGGAAAAUAAUUCGUUAGCAGAAUUAAUAUACAAUACUACAUGCUA